GGCUACUCAGCGCAAUCAAUAUGGCGGCCGGUAAGAACAUGCCGGCUUUCCGAUCAUUCUCUUACCUUUAGUGGUUUCUCAGACAUGGAAAUAAAAAUUUGUAUCAGUGUUUUUCUACGCCAAUGCCGGAGAAAGUGAAUAUCAUAGAAUGGAAUCAACUAGAAAAAAGGAAGUAUUAUUUGUUUCUGAAUGUUUACACGUUGGGCACAAAUGCUGUAACAUAUCCUAUCGAUGUCAUCAAAACCAGACUUCAACUCCAGCGCUCGAAAUGCCUCUACAGGAACACGUUCGAUGCUAUUUACAAGACCGUGAAACACGAAGGAUUCCUGGGGCUGUACAAAGGUUUCACAAUAAGCCAAGUCAGUAUCCUCACAGGGCAUGUGUACGCCACAAGUUACGAGAUUUCCCGAGAACAGUUCUCCACACUCCAGAACGCAGUCCGUGGCUUUAUCGCUGGUGGACUCGCUGCAGUUGUGGAGCAGACAUUUAGCAAUCCAAUCGACGUUAUAUCUCAGCGUCUGAUGGUCGAAGGACAAGGACAGCGGAAUAAACAAUUAAACACUCUUAAGUCUCCGAAAAUUGUUAGAAAGGUUUUGAAACAGCACGGAGUCGCUGGUUUUUAUCGAGGUUUUGCUGCGGCUAUACUUGUAGAGGGGAUGUGGAGUGCAAGCUGGUGGGCGUCUUAUGGUAUGUCUUUGGAAUUGAUUGGUAAAGUGGCUCCUGAUGGGACUUCACAUUUUGUCAUACAAGGAGUUUCUGGAAUGUUUGCUGGAAUAAUCGCAACUGUGAUUGGGAAUCCAUUAGACAUUGUUAAAGUUAGACUUCAGGUAGGUGAAGUUCUUUGCCAACUUCAUGUUUCAAGGGUACUGACUUGAACAGGUGCCUCUCACUGUGUUACAAAAUUUUGGCUCAGUCCAAAGUAGGCUAAGGGUGGAAAUCUCUUUUCCCCUCCCCAAUCAUUUUUUCCAACCAAUUUAAAUACCUAAAAUCUGGAGACUCUCUUUUUUCACUACCCCCACCCCUUCCCGCCCUCCCACCAAAAAAUUGUCCCAGCCCCCAAUGGAAUGACUUUGGACAUUAUAUGAAGUCUUACAUAAAGUACAUACUAUCAAAAUUUGCAAUCAUCGUUUUGAUGUUAGUGACUAAAUGUGUGCAAGUUGCUGCAAAAAACUGUACUGUGAAUAAGAAUAAUUCGAGUUUUGAGCUUAAAAUGGGCUAAAUCUCAAACUAUAAAGGCACAGAAAAGCUUAGAAGAUGAUUUUAUCGGCAAGAUAUGGUGACCCAUACAGGAGAGUGGGAGAUCGAUGCCAUAUCCGGCAGACUCCCAGAUAAUCCGGGAGAGUUGGCAUGUAUGCUAUUGUAUUUUGGCUUUUCUCAGUCCCUGUCACAGUUUCAACCUAUCUUUCUGUCAUUUGUCACCAUUUCUGCUGCCCUAUGUUGCUGUUUCAAGGCCAUUUCGCUUAUUGGAAUUUUACUCUGAAAGGGCCUCAUUUUGGGGGUAAAAAAUGUACAAAUGAAUUGUAGACAUGGCCUUUCUUUCUUUCUUUCCCUUUUUCUUUCACAGUAACCUUACUUACGAUGAUUGCUUACUGGAAACAAUCUUCAACCUGCUUGCAUGUUUCUCUAGCCACUGUACUACCCCUGAGAAGAAAAAAGUGUAGCCUAUAUACUAUUCUGAUCUAGAGUAAUUGCAGUCUGCCUUUUAGAGCAUAUUGAGACAAAAAUGCUUUUAGACAAAGAAGGGGUGGGGGGAGGAGGGCAAGAUGAGAAAUGAUGGACUGUUGACUUCUUUUGGAGUAAACAAAGUCUCCACCAGCCCAGAUAUGGAGUAACUGACAGGUUAAUUCACAGCUGUUUACAGAUCAGUGAUGGGUCUCUGGGUAUGUUUGGCUUUGCCUCUUCCCACUCAUUGUGCUUAUAAAUUAUGUAAACAUUAAUUUACCUGAUAUUUGGAUUUGUUUUAUCAUAAGAAUUUCUUAAAUUCCUUUUUUUGCUAUUUUUAGGUGGAAGGUAGAAAAUCUUUUUGGAAAACCCUCAAGAAUUUGCUGACAAAAGAAGGACCCAUGGCUUUAACAAAAGGAAUGUUUGCUAGUGCUCUAUCUGAAGUACCGUGCAGUGCUGUUACAAUACUAGGUUAUGAACUGGUUAAGAAACUUAGUUUAAAAGAGAAUAUCAUUUUUGAAUAACAGAAUAUUGGUAGGAUUUGUUAUGAGUCGUGAUUUUAACCAUCAACCAAAAAGCUUUCAGUUGAUGUUGUAAAGCAAUUUUAGAGUCAUUGGGGGACAAGUUGAGGACAGUAAGUAAAUAUUAUUUAAAGGAGUGUAUGGAAUAAAGCCUUACCACGAUGAUAACCCACCCGUAUUUUCGUUCAAUUAACCUCAUGAAUCUCGGAAUUUUUUAAAAAACCUAAAUGAACCGAAAUAAGACCGAGUAAAAGCCCAGCAAUGGAAACAAAACGUAGAGGAAAUGCAAAAGAAGAGGCAAGGAGAGCUUCAGAAGG